CGCCAUAACCUUUUCUCUGGGUGGAAAUGUAACCCGAGAGGGCAUAGUGUUAUGGUGAAAGUAGCAACAUUUAAAAAAGAUGUACACAGGAUUUUUUUUUACACACAGAGUAGAGUUGGUGGAAGGAGAUACAAUAAUGGCAUUUAAGAAGCUUUUAGAUAGGCACAUGAAUAUGCAGGGAACGGGGGCAUAUGGAUCAUAUGCAGGCAAAUGAGUUUAUCUUAACAUCAAGAUCAGCACAGGCAUUGUGGAGCAAAGGACCCUUUCAUGUGUUGUUUUUUUCUAUGUUUUACGUAUUAUAUUGGAAUUAGAUGGAAAAAUCAGCCUUGAUCUCAUACUCCAAUUGGCAGUAGUAAUGAAAAUAAAUUAACUGUAAUCUUGAAUAUUUAAGAACGUGAUCAAGAAUUAACAUCUCCAGUACAUAUUGAGUUGCCAAUAUUAUAACACUAUUCACAAAUGAUAUUAAUUUAUUAACACGUACAGUAAUCCAAUAUUGCAUUCGCAAUGCUUAUUCCAUUGGGAAGGGUCACUACUGCUCAUGGGAAUUUUAAGAGUCUUGAAAAUUGAAGGCAAUUGGAAACUUGCCAUCACUAAUUUUACAGGUUAUGGUAUGAUGUGCCUUUUACACCACAAUGACAUAAUAUUACAUUGCAAAUGAUGCCAUUGAUGUCAACUGAUGGGAGAUGAGUUAAAGGUAACUGAGAAAUUGACUACACAAAAGAAUUUUAAGUACUUUGUGUGGAAGGAAACCUUGGAAAAAGCAGGUCCAAUGGCAUCGGUUGAAAGAAAAGAAAGCCUCUGUACAGUUAAAGCAAACCUAUUAUGAGAUAUGUAGAAGAACUGCAAAAAUCCCAGAAUACCAAAGAUAUUGCUGUGCUUAGUCCGAAAAGAAGAAAAGUAAAACAUAUUUCAAUAAAUAACAUAAUGGAAACUAAGAACUGAUCAUAAUGAAAAAAAAGAAGGAGGUUCUUGGUACUUUGUGCCAAGAACUAACUUGUCCAGGCUGUGGGAAACUUUAUAAUAACUCGUAUUUGUUGCCUUGUGAACAUAGUCUUUGUGGCAACUGUCUCAGCAAAGAAAUAAAACAUGAAAAGGGGGGUCAAAUAUGUGUUAGGUGCCCUUCGUGUAAGGAAAACUUCUGUUUUAACCAAGAAGAUGAGGUGAAGUUCCCCUGAGAACUACCUGUUGAACAGCACAGUGACAAGGUGCAGACAGGAAGGACUUAACACUGGUGCCGAUGGUAUUAAAAAGAAAAAACGAAAACCAAAAGGAAAGAUAAACCCUCAGCAAGUGCAGAUCUUCUGUCAGCUCUGUGAUGAAAAGGACAGUCACAUUGCAAUGAAAAAGUGUGUCAACUGCAAUCUAAACUUCUGUGAGAAAUGUCUUCGAAAAAUUCACAAGAAUAAGGCAUUUCUCUCCCAUGUUCUGAUCGAUCCUUCGUCUUGUGUUGAAGAUCAGAUUAAGUGUUUCUUUCAUCCUUUUACAAACCUGAGGCAUUAUUGCAUCCAAGAUAAAUUGCCAAUCUGUGAUGAAUGCAAGCUGAGUACCCACAGGAAUCACCGUUUAUAUUCUCUUGAUCUUGCCUUCCAAUGUGAGAUAGCAGAAAUGCAGAAGAAUGUCUCACAAUUUACAGAAGUCAAAGUCAAUUUUGAAAAAUGUAUUCAGCAAAUGAAAUUAAUGAAAAAUGACAUGGAGCAAAAUGAGAUCCAACGAAAUGCAGAGGUGUCCAAGGAGUUUGUUUCAUUGCACGAAGCACUUAAAGUUCAAGAGCAAGCAAUUAAAGACAUGAUAAAAGUGGAGACUACAAAGAAACAAAAUGAGGUUGACCAAUUCUUUGAAUCAGCAUCAGCAUCGAUGUUGAGGUUAGAAGGAUUGAUGCUGUAUGCAAUGGAAGCUUGCAAAGAAAGUAGACCAGCUAUAUUCCUCCAAACAUCUGCACAGAUCAACAAACGCCUGGCCGACAUCACCCUGUGUGUGACACCCAGUAAUUCUUUAGCGGUAAUUCCUUUUGAAGACUUUGAAUUAAAUGUAGAUCAUAUUAAAGAUGCAAUUGAAACACUACCAUCGCAACUCUGUGAAACCAAGUCGAAACAUUUGUGUAGCGGGGAUUUCCAAAUGAUUCAGAGAUUGGAUGCCCCCUACAAAGUGAAAAAGCUGAAAGCUGCUUGUAGUUUGCAAGAGGCAUCGCUGAAUCCAAUGUACUCAUCAUUCACUUCUAAAAUUCACGCUGCCUUAAUUACUCCCAAUCUGGAUCUUUGCUCGUGCAUCACUCGAUCUUGCGCGGUAACUUUUAACUCCGAUGCAUCCAAUGUGGAUUCCCGAGCAGAUGUUCCCGCUUCUCUCCCAUGUGGUCCACGAUAUGCAUCUGAGGAUAGUCUCAGCGUCAGUUCAACCAAGACGGCGUUGAAUGAUCGCGCCAGCCCCGAACACUCUCCGUCUACAUCUAAGGCUGAAACGACUUCAGAUGCAACUGAUGGUGGCUCGUGUACACACGGUGGCAAAAGCAAUGCGCUCAUUUCAGAUGCUUCCAGUUUGGAUUACUGUGAAUCUGUGGCAAAUUCUGAACACUAUGCUCCAGAGAAUAGCAGUGAGCCGCAAGCUGAAACUGAUUAUAAUUUGUCUUGUACGUCUGACCCGCAUGCUUCUAACAUAUUUCAAAGUGCCUACUUCAAAAACUGUGACCUCAAGGGCGCAAGCAGCGCCCUGUAUAACCCUGUUGCAAUGGAGCCCAGCAGCAGUGUUUUUAAUAUGUCAAUGGAGGGCGAGUGUAAUGAUAAAAGCCAAGAAUCAAAUCAAUUUCAAAAGGUCCCUGAAAAGACAAGUUCCCUGUGGAUUUCUGAAAAGACCAGGCCAAUACCCAUUUGGCAACUUGAGCAAGAAGACUGUUAUAUGAGACAGAGUAGUGGCGACGCAUUUUCUCUUGAAUUAAGUCCGAAAGGAACAGGUGGUUCAAGUAAUGCGUGCUCUCCUGAGCCGGAAAACAGCAAAUAUCUGAACGACCAUGAAAGUGGAGACCUGUCAAAGGAUCCCAUGUCCAGUGUUAUUUCUGAACAGGUAGCAGCAGAGAGCGACACUGGAAUUAGCUCUUCCUGCAACAGCUCUUGUUUGUCGUCGGAAAAAGAGACGGAUGAAUAUGUUCCGCCCUUUUACCAGUUUUGUGUCCCCUGUACCUUCACCAACACCAACACGGACACGGGACCGCCUCAGGCAGAUUGUGCCAAUAGUGGACCAGAGGACGAUAUCGACGGUGAGAAAGGCGUUCCUAUAAGCAUCUGUGUCAAUGAGAGCUUGUCUCCGAGUGAGCAAUCCUACCACGCAUGUAACACCUUUUCUUGCGUGGGCACCUAUUUUGCCACUGGGCAUAACCUUCCAUGCAAGAACAUGAAUCCGGCGUCUGAACGAGAGAGUUCUGAAAUAAUCGCUGCUGGUUGCCAGAUGUGUCACCUGAGCAGCUCGGCUGGGUGUAUGAUCGACUGGGACAAGCGGGAGAUGUAUUGCUUACACAAGAACACUUCGAACAAUGCGGAUAGCGCUGUCGUUGACGACGCUAGCAUAUCCAACCCUACGAGAUCCUGGAAUACAACUAAUGUCCCCCGUAAUACAAGGUCGCGAUGCAAGUUUGGCCGCCGGCCUUCUUUCAGGAACCCAAAGCUGUUUUCUAAAGGUAAAGCCUUUCUGCGAGGUUACCCCAAACCACAAACUUUAAAUAAUGUGCAAUUUACCCCAUCUGCUUGCUGUCAAUCGCAGUCGACAUCUAACUUUGAAAUCAGCUCAAAUAUGUCUAACGAGGACCUCGGCAAUAGCAGAGUACUCUACUUGCCUAGAGGUACCACUGAUGACAGUGUGAAAGGCCAUUCUUCAACUCGCUUCUACCACAUUGGUGGUCCAAAGAGCCGAAACUUCAGAAGUGUUCAUCGAACCUGUUCUCAUUUGAGGCCACAGAAUAAUGCUGUUCACAAAACCCAGCAACACGUAUGCACGCUAGAACGGAACGUCACUGUCAAACGAGAUAAUGGUGAAAUGUCACAGCUGUCUGUACAACUGCAUGCAUCAAGUUUACUCAAGGAACCCAUGACUGCAUUAGACCAGCUACCAGGACCUCCUAAAAUAUACACGCACACUGUGGAUGGAACAUCGGCCAAGGUGAAGUGGAUGUGUCCCCCAGUGGGAAAGCGGACUGCUUAUUUUUUUGAACUGCAGUUCCAGGAGAUAAUUUCAGUCGACAAGGAGAUGGCGAUACCUCAAGAUCAAGCUGGUGUCUUCUCUGGAAUUAGACGCAGAAACUUUGUGGCUACGAAUCUAAACUCCAAUUCUGAAUAUUUGUUCCGGGUCCGUGCAGUGAACGUGAGUGGGGAAGGACCGUGGAGUCAACCUUAUAAGAUCCUGACUGUCUGUGGUACAGUACGAAAUAGCGGGAAUACCAAAGACAAGACUGUGUCCUUGAAAGGAGUUAAAGUAACUAUUCACAGAAGCAACUAAUCUUAUUGAAAGGUGCAAUAAAGUUAAGUCAAUUCUUCCCAACCUUGCCUUAAUUGUUUAGAAAGUGAUUUGAAAUUAUUGGUGACUCAAACUAUUCUAUAUACUUAUGAUAGGGAGAAAAUGGGGGCUGAAUAGCAUACGUUUCUAAAUGGAUGCAAGGAUCAGUUACAAAUUCAUCUGUGCCAGUCAGCUACAAUGUGGCUUGCACACCAACCACACACUAAGUGUACAUUUGAAAGAUUUCUUCACCAGCUAGUGUGCGAGGUACUGUGGAUUGGCUGGGUUGGAUCAGAAGCAUAUAAGUCUGAGUAGCUCCCUCCACUUAAAUCUAGUUUGCAUUGUUUAAAAAGCUGACUGGCACCUCUUCUAGGAGUUAUGCAUCACAGAGCCAUACGGUGUGGAAACAGGCCCUUUGCCCAACUGCCCAUGACAUGGCUAAAUCAGGGGAUAUUUUUAAGGCGGAGAUUGCCAGAUUCUUGAUUAGUAAGUAUGCCACGGAUUAUGUAGGGAGGGCAGGAGAAUGGGAGUGAGUGGGAAAGAUAGAUCAGCCGCGAUUGAAUGGGUAGACUUGAUGGGCUGAAUGGCCUAAUUCUGCUAUUAUAACUUCUGAACUUACGGUAUCUUGUGACCAAAAAUGUAUCACUCCUGCCAGAUAUAGAAAGAUCACUACUUUCUUUUAACCAAAUGCUGCAGUUCCUUACAGUUGCAAUUCCACCAAGGAAAACCUUCUGAGCCUUCUGAAUUUGUAGUCGGCAGGGCAGUACUCUGCAUAUCGCCAACUUGGAUGUGCUGAUGAUCUCUGCUUCACAUUCUGACAAAUGAUUUCAACUUGAAGAGUCUUUGUUUUAGUUUACAUAGAACAUAAGGGCAGGAGUAGGCCAUUCGGCCCUUCGAGCUGAUCAUCCAACUCAGUGUCCCGUACCUGCCUUCUCUCCAUACCCCCUGAUCCCUUUAGCCACAAGGGCCACAUCUAACUCCCUCUUAAAUAUAGCCAAUGAACUGGCCUCAACUACUUUCUGUGGCAGAGAGUUCCAGAGAUUCACCACUCUCUGUGUGAAAAAUGUUUUUCUCAUCUCAGUCCUAAAGGAUUUCCCCUUUAUCCUUAAGCUGUGACCCCUUGUCCUGGACUUCCCCAGCAUCGGGAACAAUCUUCCUGCAUCUAGCCUGUCCAACCCCUUAAGAAUUUUGUACGUUUCUAUAAGAUACCCCCUCAAUCAGUUUCAACCACUCCUCUGCAGUUUCUGCAUGUUUUUGAUUUAAUCUGUACAUCUGACCUCGCCUCCAGCAUUGUUGACAAACUGAUGUCUGAGGAUCAAUCAACAGCACUGGAUAAUAGAAGAAGAAAUGUGUGUUAAAGGCAUUCUAUGAAAAUAAUGUGUGAGUCAUCGCCAUUUGGUACUGAUUAAUUUGAACCAAAUCAAAGGUAAAAAGUAACAUAUAUUAGAAGCGACCAAAUUGCAACAUGGAAAAGUAUCCAAACAAGUAAUAUUACAAAUAAAGAAAGUAUAAAUGACGCACUCAUAGCAUCUGUUAGUUACAGUAUAUUAUCAUGUUAUAAUCUUCUGUAAAAUAUGUUCUAAUCCCUUUUCUGAAGGAAAACUAACAGGAAAAUCUGAAAUAGAAAUGGAUGUAUUCAUUUAUUGAAUGUACAGAAGAUGUUUGUUGCAGUACAGCAUACCAAAACUAUUUUCAACAAUUAGCGGCCUAAGUUCCUAAUGUCACAAUAUUUAUUAAUAGCUCAAAGUUUGUUUUAAAAUAAAACAAAUGUUCAUAAAAUGUUUUGUGAGCACUUAUUUGUUCCAAGCAAGAUCACAUGGAGCCAUACCACACAGAAAUGGGCCUUAAGGUCCAACUCAUCCAUGUCCCAUCUAAGAUGGUCCCAUUUGUCUGUAUUUGGCUUAUGUCACUCUACAUCUUUCCUACCCAUGUAUCUAACCAAAUGUCAUUAAAAUAUUGAUAUUGUACCUGCCUUAACUAUUUGCUCUGGCAGGUCAUUGCACAUAUCCACCACAUUCUAUGAGGGAAAAGUUCUCCCUUAGGAUCCUAUUAAAUAUUUAUCCGCACUUUAAACUAUCCCCCUAGUUCUUGAUUUCCCUACCCUUGGAAAAAGACUCAUCCUAUCUAUUCCCCUCAUUAUUUUAUACGCCACUAUAAAAUCAUCCUUAAGUCUUCUGCUUAGAAGAAACUCCUAUUCUGACCAUUCCUAAUCAUCCCCUAAUGUUCCACAUGCAUGUAUUUCUUAUGCAUCAGAAUCCUCUCCAGUAACGUUUCAUCCACAAAUGCUAGACUUACUGGUCUAUACUUCCCAAGAUUUUCUUUGCAACCAUACUUGAAUAAAGGAACAACAUUAGCCCCACUCCAGUCUUCUGGCACUUCACAUGUGUCUAACAAUGAUUCAUAUUUCUCCACUAGGAGUCCUGUAAUAUCAUCUACAGAUUCCACAUUGUACUUGGAGAUAUUGGAGGUCAAGUCAAUGGAUAUUUUUAAGGCAGAGAUUGACAGAUUCUUGAUCAGCAAGGGUGUUGGGGGUUAUGGGGAGAUGGCAGGAGAAUGGGGUUGAAAGGGGAAUAUAGAUAAGCCAUGAUUGAAUAGUGGAGUAGACUUAAUGGGCCAAAUGGCCUAAUUCGGCUCCUUGAACUUAUGAACUUAUAUCUGAUCAGGCCCUGGAGAUGAAUCUAUCUUUGUAUGUCUUGUAUGUCCAGAACCUCCUCACCUAUAAUAAAGGCUGUCCUCAAGACUUUGGCAUUAAUACAGUGAGUUCAAUGUCUGAUAACUCAGUACACUAUGCAAUUUGAUGCCGGAUAUCCUACCAGAAAUAUCAUGUCAUAGGUGAUAGGAGCAGAAUUAGACCAUUCGGCCCAUCAAAUCAACUGCACCAUUCAAUCUUGGCUGAUCUAUCUUUCCCUCUCAACCCCAUUCUCCUUACUUCUCCCCAUAACUGUUGACACCCAUUCUAAUCAAGAAUCUAUCUAUCUCUGCCUUAAAAAUAUCCAUUGCCUUGGCCACCAUGGCCAUCAUUCAUAUCAGGCCAAUGUGGUAUAAAACAUGCGAUAUACUGGAGAUACUCAGUAGUCAGGCAGCAUCUGUGGAGCAAGAAACAGUUAAUGUUUCAGGUUAGUGACCUUAGAAUCUGGAAAAUUUCAAAGACGCAGAUGUUUUACGUUAGAGUCGGUGAUCUGUUCUCCACCUGAAUGCGUGCGUGUUUCUCUCUCCGAAUAAUCUGCCCGACCAAUUAAUGUUUUAAUGAAGCUUUCCUGCAUCUGAAGUUUUUGUUUUGCGUUGACUUUGCUGUUUGUAUUAGAGUUCUGCACGAGGGCAAGCAUGGCUACUGGGCCACAAGGGGCACCUGCCAACCACAUGGCUCUUGACUCAGGGUAAAAGGUGCAUAACAUGCAACAGCAUGGGCCCUUGUUAUCUGAUAGGACACUCCAUUGCCCACUC